GCAUGUGCACUGUGAAAGUGAGUUGAGUUGAUCUUUGCCUGAAUGGCUGCACUCAUGAAACGUAUCAUUAGCACCGGCAAGGCACCGGGAGCAAUCGGUCCCUACAGUCAAGCUGUAGUGGUGGACCGAACCAUGUACAUUUCUGGGCAGUUGGGACUAGACCCUGCAACUGGGCAACUUGUACCUGGAGGAACAUCACAGGAAGCCAAGCAGGCUCUAAUCAACAUGGGAGAAAUCCUCAAAGCUGCAAACUGUGACUAUGAUAAUGUUGCAAAAACAACAAUUCUGCUGGCAGACAUCAAUGACUUCAACUGUGUAAAUGAAGUUUACAAGCAAUAUUUCAGAAGCAACUUCCCAGCCAGAGCAGCCUAUCAGGUUGCAGCAUUGCCACGGGGAGGUCGAGUUGAGGUUGAAGCUGUGGCUGUUUUGGGACCUAUUGUGAAUGGGCCCUUGGACCAGAAAUUAUAAACCAGGGUCAAUUCUUUGGGGAUAUAAUACACACAACAAGGGAAGACACAGCUUCUUGAUUUUAUUGAUGCCUUGUAAACACUGUAUGGAUCAAUGGUAUA